UAAUUUUCUCUCCGCGCCCCCAACCAAGUCUGUCUUGACCCCAAAGAAAACCCACUCUGAUUCGGAGCUCAAUCGAAUAUACAUAAAUAUUACAUACACACAGAGAAGCAGUAUAUAGAGAAAGAUGAGCAGCAUAGGCACGGGUUACGAUCUUUCAGUGACGACAUUUUCUCCGGACGGUCGCGUUUUCCAGAUCGAGUAUGCUGCGAAAGCCGUCGACAACAGUGGCACCGUCGUCGGUAUCAAAUGCAAAGAUGGAAUCGUUUUGGGAGUGGAGAAGCUGAUUACUUCGAAGAUGAUGUUGCCUGGUUCCAACAGAAGAAUCCAUGCCGUCCAUCGCCAUUCCGGCAUGGCGGUUGCAGGAUUAGCUGCAGAUGGCAGGCAAAUUGUAGCACGAGCAAAAUCUGAAGCAACUAACUAUGAGAGUGUGUAUGGCGAGCCAAUUCCUGUAAAAGAACUUGCAGAACGUGUUGCUAGUUACGUCCAUCUAUGUACACUGUAUUGGUGGCUGAGGCCUUUUGGAAGUGGGGUAAUUCUGGGAGGUUAUGACAGGGAUGGACCACAGCUGUACAUGGUUGAACCUUCUGGGGUUUCCUAUAGAUACUUUGGUGCUGCAAUUGGGAAGGGCAGGCAGGCUGCUAAAACUGAGAUUGAAAAAUUGAAGCUUUCUGAAAUGACCUGCCGACAAGGGGUUAUUGAGGUGGCCAAGAUCAGAAUUUACGGAGUUCAUGACGAGGCAAAGGACAAGGCCUUUGAAUUGGAAAUGAGUUGGGUCUGUGAUGAGUCUAACCGCCAGCAUCAAAAGGUUCCAGAUGAUAUAUUGGAGGAAGCAAAGGCAGCCGCUAAGGCCGCGCUUGAAGAAAUGGAUGCGGAUUAGUCUCUCUAAUUUUGCAAUUUUCAUUUGAGACUUGGUUAUGUUUUCUCCUGUGUCAAACUCCUCUUCAUUUGUGGCAGUAAUUGGAUUUAGAUGCUUGUACUAUUGCUAUAUUUAUGUUUCCAACACGAUGUUUUGUUCAAUGCAACUCUUAUUCUUCUGUUUGGCAA